AUGUCGGUGUGGGGUGUUAUAUUUCUUGGAAUAUUGGGCGUUUUCUUUUAUAUUCAAGCAGUUAGUUUAUUCCCUGAUCUUCACUUCGCCGAGGAAGCAUCGGAAGCAGGUGUUGUACCACCUCUCACAAAUGCUAUGAUCGAGGACAAAUACAGUGAGAAAGCUACGCAGUGUUGGGUGGCUGCAGGAAUGUAUUUGGUCACAUUAAUUGUCGUAUUUUGGCAAAACAAAUUCAACACGACAGCUAUUUUUUGA